AUGUUUGCGAGCUCACCAGACGUCAGUGUCUUAUGCACAGAAUUGGAUGUCCCUGGCGAUUUUGCCCUCAUAUCAUUCGUGGGAGGUUUGGGUCGCUCUCUGCUGGCGUCUCAGUCAUCUACAUUUGUAUUCAUGGCGUCACUAUCUGACCCUGAUUCCUUUGUUAUAUCAUGUUGGCCAACACGCUCAUCAAACCUCCAACACAACAUGUUUGAAGAGUGUUUACACGUUCAAACCAAACUGACAGACAACCUCAGUCGGUGCCAAAAGGAGAAGGAGCAACAUGUCACUUACCCAAGACGAGAAAAGGAGUGUAAGACUGUUGGAGAACAGUUCGAGUUUAGAUGGAAUUUUCCCCACUGUCUCGGUGCUGUUGAUGGAAAGCAUGUAUGGAUAACGCUGCCAUCAGAAUCAGGGUCUUAUUAUUGGAAUUACAAAGGAUAUAACAGUCUUGUGUUAAUGGCAGUUGUAAAUGCGAACUACGAAUUCAUUAUGGCAGACAUUGGAACUAAUGGUCGCCUGUCAGAUGGAGGAGUCAUUGAUAAUACAGAAUUUAGUAAGCGACUCAAAGAUGAAAAGCUCUGCAUCCCACAUGAGUCAGUAACAGCUACUUCAAAUUGUGUUUUGCCAUAUGUAUUCAUGGGAGAUGAGGCAUUUGCAUUAAGGACAGAUUCCUUGAAACCUUAUUCUCAAAAGGACCUACAUAGUGAGAAGCGAGUAUUCAACUACAGGCUGUCAAGGGCACGGAGAGUGGCAGAAAAUGCCUUCGGCAUUAUGGCUUCCCGGUUUAAAAUUUUCCACACUUGUAUAAAUCUCAAAUUGACAAGUAUUGACAAAGUUGUCAUGGCAUGUGUUGUGCUACAUAACUAUUUGCAGAAAGCAUGCCCUUCAGACUAUUCCCCAGAGGACUGCUUCCAUAGGGAGGAUAGAAUAAAUUAUAUGAAAGCACCCAUGAAACUGAAUAAAGUCAUCUAUGCAUAG